CACUGCAAAUGCCCUAAAAACAAAUUGGUAUCAUUUGUAGCAAUUUUCACAAUAUUGAUACUUUUCACCAGUUUUCCUGCCAUAAUUUAACGUAAAAAUGUUCAAUAUAACUUUAAUUAUCUACCAAUUUAAAAUGUACAAGUGAUAAAUUGCAUAUCCAAGACUCCAAGUUCUAAUGUAGGACCAAAACCGAUCAGCUUUUGCUGAGAAAAAAAAAUGUAACUACGCGUAUCAUUUUCAUCGUUAAGAUUUCGUAAUUUUAGAAUAGUUUUAUCAUAGAUUAGAAAAAUGGAUAAGCCAGAAGAUCCGCCUAAUAUCAAACACCAGUCAUCGCACGUAAAAAGUAAACUAACCACGAGAAAAUUACAAGAAUUGGCUGCCGAAUUGAUGACUGUGAAUGAUAAAGCCAACGCUUUGAAAUUAUACAACAGGAGUAUAGCUGUAUCGCCGUCGAACUCUAUUGAUCUUCCUAUAGCAUAUGCUAACAAAUCAGCAGUACUUUUAGAAAUGAAAGAAUACGAAGCUUGCGUAGGUAAUAUUAAUCUCGCCUUGAAACAUCCCUUGUGCCCUAUUUGGCUAGUUUCCGCAUUAUUCGAAAGGAAAAUCAAGUGUUUGCUGAUUAUGGGACAAUGGAACGAUAGCACUGAGAAGAAAUUAUUCAAAAGCUUGAAACGCCUGCCUUAUUCAAAUAGUGAAAAGAAUCUGUUACGUGUUCGUUUGAAUCAGUACCUGUCUCAUGUCUAUAACGUUAUCGAAAACUCGGAAGAUAAAAUAUACGAUAAAUUCAAAGCGCAGAAAUGGCGAAAGGAUCGUAAGAAUUUCAGCAUGUAUAAUAUCUCGGUUAUCCACGUCUCGGAUAAUAUAGAAAUAGUCCAGAAUAAAACCUUCGGAAGGCACGUAAUCGCCAAGAAUGAUAUCAGAAUGGGCGAACUACUCAUCAAAGAGAAAGCAGUCGUUUCAUAUUUAUACUUGAACGAAGUCUACGACUACUGUUCGUGCUGUUUACUCCGAACCAGGAUCUUGAUCCCUUGUAAUAAUUGUUCGAAAGCUUUAUUCUGUAGUAAGCAUUGUAUGACCAAAGCUAUGGAACAAUAUCAUCGUAUCGAGUGCCCUCUGAUGGAGUACUUCGCCAAUCUGGAGCCGGAAGAUCAACACGUCCAAUACAUCAUGCGACUGGCUUGUUUCCUAUCGAGUCAGGGUCAAAAACUAGACGAACUGAUCGAAAAAUGGCGCGAAACACGAGACCAAACCGCAUACUGCCAAUCGAGCCAAACGAUGGCUUACACACUGCCAAAAAACUAUCAAACUUUGUUCCUGUCUUUCGAUAAAUACUCCUACAAUACGGUACAAUUCGCCUACAGCCAAUCUCGUUACUCGAAUUUGGUCGAUAAAUUGAAAGAGAAAACGGAAUUCUUCUCGUAUCGCAGCAGCACCACAAACGAACAUUAUUUUCUAUACCUAGUUACCAAUUUAUUAAUAGACUUGGAGGCUCAUUUCAAAUGCAAUUCGUUCUGCGUUUCGGAUACCGUAAGCCCGAAUGAAAAAGAGAUCACCGUCACUCGUAAGAAUGUCGGAUUAGCUUGCUAUCAAGAGUCGAAUUUCUUCAAUCAUUCGUGCGUUCCUAACGCAGCAUAUUGUUUCGAAAACGGCGAUACUGUAUCGACCUACAGUUUACGUAGAAUCAGAGCUGGCGAACAGGUAUUUAUUUGUUACCUGAACACCUACUACGAAACCGAUCGAGCUAAACGAGAUUUAAUGAAGAAUUACUCGUUCCAAUGCAACUGCGUAGCUUGCCAAGAGAACUGGCCACCCUACGAGCAACUCCAAUCAAUGUACGAUAUCCGUUUCUGCGAAUGCGAACACCAUAACGCUUUUUCCCGCCGAUUAUCCGUCAUCGGUUGUCGAUUUUGUAGAUUUAAACGUGAUCUGGCGGUGGCUCUGAAACGUAUACGAGAUACGUUGGAGACAAAUACGCCUUUUCUGCAGAUCGCCGAUAAGCUAAAGAAAGAUAUUGCCGAAGCUAUGGAUUUAUUCCAGAGUGUAGAAGGUAUCGAAGUUCAUUUGAUCAAGGAGUACGUCGAAUUGUAUCGUUUGUUCUGUCGAUGUAUAGAGAUCGCCGGUAACAUGUACCGAGAAUAAGUUAACAACUGAGACGUACAGAGGCGUGACGAAGUGAUGUGGAUGGGGGGGGGGGGACUGAAAUUUUUUCGAACUUUUUUCUCCAGGUUGUCCCAAAUUUUUACCCCCCCUCCCCCUUUCCUUCGGAAUUUUUCCAGCCAAUUAUCCAGAUGUAAUUCAAUCAAAUUCUGGAAGGGAAGUUGAAAUUGGAUUUCCUACCAAUUCUGAAUUAAGAAUGUUUUUUGUUUUUUUUUUCAUUUUCAUUCAUUCCUUAUUGAUUUAAUCUACUGAAGUUGUUCUUGAUUUUUUUCAAUUUAUUCAUAAAAAAUGUAAAAAUGUGUAAACUUUGUCAGAAAAAAUGAUUUUUUCAUUAAAAAAAUUUAGUAGGAAGAAGUGGGGGGGGGGGGGUGCUUGAAGAAAGUCGCGAAAAAAGUUCGCUUCGACACCCCCUCCCUUUUUGAAAAAAAAUCGUAGAAUGUCUAUAGAUAUUUUUUAAAAAACGAAUGCUUGACGUGUAAAAUAUUGACACCCCCCCCCCUUCUUCAAAAAUCGUGAAGUGUUUGAAAAAUGUCCUGCCAAAAGUUCUGCUAUUUCAUUUUGAAAUUUUGUUGGACACUUUGUGUUCUAUUGAAAGGUUGGCACUGAAAUCCCAAAUCAAAAAUUAGCACUUUUUUCACUUUUAAAUAAAAUUUUGGCUUUUGAAAAUAAAAUUUAAAAAAAAAACAAAAAAUUUCGAAAGCAUAAAAUGUUUGAUUUUGUCUGAACGAAAGCUUUAAAAAAUUCACAAUUUACUUAUGAGGUACCAAAAAAAAAAAACAGUUUUUGAUACAAAAAAUUUCAACACCAAAAUUGUAUUUUGAAAUCUAAUUUUGCACGUUUUUUCGUUAUUUUUCCCAUUUUUUUGCUCCUAUAUCAAAAUUGUGUUGAUUUAAAUAAUGUUUCUUGAAUAAUUUUUCAAAACCUCUGAAAAAACUGAUAAUUCGAAAAGUGAAAUAACUGAGCCAAAAGUAGGUUUUUAUGGCUUCAUCAGUUUUAGUUUUCAGAAAAUUAUAAUAAAAAUUAUAAUAUUUUUAAAAAUAUGAAUAAAAUUUGUGAAAAGCGAGGGCAAAAGCUCUCAAAAAUUCACAAUUUUUCUUUUGUUGAGAAAUUUGGGACAUAAUUUUUAUAAUUUUUCAAAAAGAAUCAAUUUUUGAAAAAAAUUAGAAUUUGUUUUAAAAUUUUCAGCAAAAAAUAGUGCAUUUUUUGAUAUUUUAGAAGAAUUUAGGACCUUCUGGCAUUUUUGACUGGAAUGAAUUGAAAAGACUUUUUUUUUUGAAAAUUUCAAGAGAAACAACAUUAUUUUUGAUAUGAGAAGUCAAUUUUUCUCUGGGUUGAAAACCGUUAGAAUUUAAAUUGGUGGCUGGUUUUCAGGAUUUUGAGGUUCUGGUUCCCAAAAUGUUUUCAAAUGUAGUAUUGAAAUUGUUUUUUUCUGGUUCCAAAAAGUAACUUUCACUUUUCAGGUAAUUGUUUUGAAAAUGAGGGACUUCAUGGAAAAGGGGCCUUAGUCAAAAUUUUUUCACUGAUUUUUUACAAGUUCAAAAUAAUGGACUUGGAAAUUUCAUUUUUUCUACAGGCAAACAUUUUCCAAUUUGUUUUUUUCAAUGAAAGAACACUUCAAUAAGUUCAAUAUCACUGAAUAUGGUGAAAUGAAUAAGAAAUUUUUUUAAAAUGCAUUCAAAAUUGUAAAAGAAAAAAAACACAAAAAAAAUUACUAAGGCCCCUUUUCCAUGGAACCCCUCUAUUGUUUUCAGAUUUUUUCAAAUUCAAACUAUUUUUAGUUAUUCUGGUGCUUGUUCCCUCUAUUUUGCUUUUGACGUCCUGCUGCUGGUUCCACUGAUCAAAAAAACUGGUUUCAGAUGGUUCCAGUUCCAAAAUAUGGCAAAAAUUCCCUUUUUAUUUCUCUGAUUUUGCCUAAAAAACUAGAAUUAUUUUUCAUUUCAGUUUGGUAAAAAAAUAAGAAAUUUCAAGAACAGAUUCCUGAAAAGGGGUUUGUUUUGAUGGUUCUUCCAAUUGAAAUCUUGUUCUGGUUCAUGCUGACUAAUUCUUUGAUUUUCCCUGCUCACAACUUCUUCCCAACUUUCCCCAAAUUUCCCUAUUUUUUCCAACUCACCAAACUCUCCCCAAAAAUUCUCAACUUUUUUUUCCAAAUUUGUUUUGUUCUGCCCUCUCCCCCCCCCCGCCCGUCAUACGUCACGCCUCUGGAAACGUAAUCAAAACACCCAUCUUUUUUCUAGUCUUGUUUUGUUUUGUUUUUUUUUAAUAAUUCAUCGCACCAAUUUGAUGACAUAAGCACUUCUGAUUUUAUUUUACUUUGAAAACGUGUUCGAGCACACUGCACUUGAAUUUUUUCUAAAGCUUUAACGCUAUUCGUAUUCGUUGAAUCGAAACACAACUAAUACUAUACUGCAGACCGAUGCUUUUAUAUUACAAAAAUAAAAAAAAAAAGGUUGUACGUAUUUAAGCCACUUAACUUAUAAAUUAUUGUUACCAAACAGCUACGAGCUUAGCUUUGUAGAGUUAUUUAACAGGUGCUGAAUUUUUUUUCUUCAAAAAAAUAGGUUCCAUUUUGAAAAAUUAAUUGGAACCGGGUGUAAUUACUAUAAUUACGUAUGAUUUUAAAUACCUCUACAAGUUUCACCACGAAAAGCCGCGCAUUGCUGUUUUAUAUAUCGCACUAUUUUCUCCUAUCAUUUUUUUUUCUCUCUAUCGUGAUAUGUAGUCAAAUGAAACAAAGAUUAUAUUUAAGAGGUAUUUUCCUCCGCACAAUUAUUACGUAUCAUUUUAUUUUGUUUUUUGUGUUCGUUAUACAACAUAUUAUUAUUCUUACUAAAACUAAAUACGGCGUUGCGUGUUUAUCAUUAUUUUAUCAAUUAUCAUUUACAUUUCCAUGUUCUUUUGAAUGACUGAUUUUUUUGCUUUUGUUAUGUGAUUUUUCUUUUUCGUUUUGUUUUUUAUAUUUUAAUUAAUCGUGAAUUAUUACGAUUGUAUUUUCCCCCCUUUCCUCGCCAUGCAUAUUCGUGAGAGUCGAUGUAACUGUAACGAAUAAUAUUGCCAAAAAUAGAUAAUUUUUUUUUAGGUAAUUCAACGUGAUAUAAUUCUAAGUUAUGUGUUUGUUUUGUUAUUCAUUAUGAGUUUUUUUUUUGUUUUCAUUUUAGUUCUCGAAGCUAGUCUCUUUAUCGUUUCAUUUAUUUGAUUUUCCUUUUCUUUUUUGUUAUGAAAUAUAUUUAUUUGAAUCGAAUA